CGCUGCAUCUGGCUGUAUUUUUCGCCGCAACUGCUUCGGUAAUUUAUAAAUUAUCCUUGGAGAAAUUCAGGGGUGCCGCUUCAGAGACUUCUAAAAGCUUUUGCGUUGCAGAACCGCGCUAGGGUUCCCUUUUGAUUUGUCUUACGAGGCUUCGGAGUAAGGUUGGAUGGAUGGCGUUGUUGUGAGGAGGGUAAUACCUUCGGAUAAUAGCUGCCUCUUCAAUGCUGUGGGUUAUGUUAUGAAUCAUGAUCGGCAUAGAGCUCCGGAGUUGAGACAGGUUAUAGCUGCAGCUGUGGCAAGUGAUCCUGUAAAGUAUAACGAGGCAUUUCUUGGAAAAUCUAAUGCCGAUUACUGUGCUUGGAUUUUGAAUCCUGAGAAAUGGGGAGGUGCAAUCGAGCUUUCAAUAUUAUCGGAAUAUUUCGGACGUGAAAUUGCGGCAUACGAUAUUCAAACCACUCGCUGUGAUUUGUAUGGUCAGUCAAAAAGGUAUGGUGAAAGAGUGAUGCUGCUUUAUGAUGGUCUGCACUAUGAUGCAUUAGCUAUGUCUCCUUCUGCCAAUGCCCCGGAAGACUUUGAUCAGACAAUUUUUACUGUAUAUUCGGACCGUACCGUUGGGCCUGUGGAAGGCCUUGUUCUCAGUCUGGUGACGGAUGCUCACAGAAAGAGAAAAUUCACUGAUACUGCAAACUUCACCUUGCGCUGUGGAGUGUGCCAAAUUGGCGUUAUUGGUCAAAAGGAGGCUGUUGAGCAUGCACAAGCUACAGGGCAUGUGAACUUUCAGGAGUACAGGUAGAUCACCGUAGCAAACUUCUUUUUGUUGAAUUCUCUUUAUCUAAUUGAAAUAAAAUGAUAAUUAGGCCCAAAUAUGCAACAGUUUACACCGAUGUUUGGUCAGAUUGUUUAUGAUUCUUUUUUCAGUUGCUUUGCUGUAAAAUAUAA